ACUGUCGGUGAACUACUGCUCUUAAAGUAUCUGGCCGUUGGUUUCCUGAAUGGCGCCACAGCGUACCGUAUCGAUGUGAACGUUCCGAACGCGCAAUCGUACCAUGACCAGCGAGAUGACGAAAAUCACUUCAAGUACGGCUACCAGGUGGAGAACAUAAGCGAGCAGUUCCAGCACAAGCAGCAAGGUCCGGACGAUGUGACGUACGGAUGUUACGGGCAUGUGGAUCCCGUCGGCGGCAACCAUCUUACGUACUUUGUGGCCGACCGCCGCGGCUAUCGACCGGUGCUGACCGCGCGUGCCGUAACCGUUUUUCCCUUCUCGGGACCAAAUGAUGGUUCGGACGACUCCCAGGGUACGACGAUCGAAUGGAAAGAUCUACCGUUUCCUAUCGCUUGUCAAUCACCGUCCACCGCGGGUAGUCCUGCAUCAUCAACUGUUGCCGAUCGUGGCCAACGGAUCGGCGAGCCUCUGGUCGGGUCGGCAUCGCGCGGUGAAGCAGGCAUCCGGCGUGGCAACGAGAUUGCCACAUCAGGCGAUGGUCUGGAGGUACCGGUCGAGUAUCAAUCGUUUACCGAUCACGAUCUGGCCGAAAGUCAGCUAAGCAGCAACGAUCAUAGUGUGAUUUACGUACAACCGAAUGCUGGCGACGAUGGCCAAGAUUACGCCGAGACAGCAGCAUCUGCCAAUUAUCAAACCCAAUCCAGUUCCUGGUCACCGUUUAUCUGCAAAGGUGACUCACUGCAACUGCGACCGGCGGUCUGCGAACAGCAGGGGCACGGAUCGAACCCGCAGCAAACUCCGGUCACGUUGUACAUUCCGUUCCGCGUUCUGUGUUCCGAUAUUGAGGAAUUUCAGGUGCAACUACAACAACUCGUCAAUCGCUUCAGCCAAUAG